CCAUAAUGCAACAUACAUAGCAGAAACAUGUAAACAUUGUGAAGUGAAAGUUAAAAGGAUUGGGAUGUAACCGUCACUACACCGUGAAAUUGCAUUUACAGGUAAAAGCCCAAGGAGGAAGUUUUUCGACAUGCACUAGACAACGUUGAGUCCGCUAUUGCCGAUGUGGUGUACGAGAGGAUGAACAGCACCUGGCCCCAAUGAUUGAUGUCCAACGUAAAGCGAUACGUCAAUCGACAUCGAUCUGGACUUCAACCCAAGGAGCCAACAGAUCUGGACUUCAACCCAAGGAGCCAACAGAUCUGGACUUCAACCUAAGGAGCCAACAGAUCUGGAGAUUGAGGUGAGAAUGGGGUUCAUGAUAAAAUCCUCAUAUAUAAGAUUUCAUGCCAAUAUUAAGAAACGUUUUCAAAACUUGUAAAGUACUAUAUAGUAUUACAAAGUACAUGUAUAUGUCAUGUUCGUGGAAUUCCUGCGGUGUGACGACUUCUUGAUUGCCGAGUUGCAAUUGAAUGGAGCACGACAUCUAGUUCUUGCCACAGGGCAUCAACUGGGGAUUCUUCGCCAGGCAAAGCGAUGGUUCAUCAACGGAACUUUUAAGAUAGUGCCAGCUUUCCUAAAACCUGCAGGACAAAUACUUUCCAUCCACGCCUCUGUCCAGACGGAUGGGAAGUCUGUGCAAGUCGCUCUACUGUUUGUAGUGACGUCAAGACGACGGAAGGAUAUUGUUUAACGCCCCUCUCGAGAAUCUUUCACUCAUAUGGAGACGUCACCAUUGCCGGUGAAGGCUGCAAACUUUAGGCCUAUGCUCGGCGCUUACGGCCUUUGAGCAGGGAGGGAGUUUUACUGUGCCACACCCGCUGUGACACGGGACCUCGGUUUUUGCGGUCUCAUCCGAAGGACCGCCCUAUUUAUUCGCCUCUUACAACAAACAAAAGGGUACUGAGAACCUACUCUAACCCGGAUCCACACGAGACACGACGGAAGGAGGAUUUUGUUGAGGUGGUUCUGGACAAGAUUGACAACGUCGCUCUUUCGGUCACUGCUGAUUAUGAAGCAGGUAUUUUGACAUGGUUAUCUAAAACCCUGAUACAUCGAUGCAUCUUUUUUUAUAAUGUAAUUUUAUACUGAUUUCACUUAACAAACUUAUGAUGUCUAUUAGUUUCUACAGAUUUAAUUCAUCUUUAUUUAAAUUUCGGGACUGCCGCGAUGGUGUAAAGGCAGAGCGUUCGCCCUGUAUGCGGAGGGUCGGGGCUCGAAUCCCGGCCGCGACAGACCUAAGUCGUUCUUCUCCAUCGUUAAACGCUCGGCAUCAGAUGUGAAAGUCACGGGUCUUCGGAUAUGACCUUUAAAACGGAUGUCCCGUGUCACAGUAAGUGUGGCACGCUAAAGAACCUUCACUGCUCAAUGGCCGUAAGCGCCGAGUAUAUGCCUAAUUAAAUUUGAAGCCUUUCACCGGCAUUGGUGACGUCUACAGAUGAGUGAAAAAUUCUCGAGAGGGAUGUUAAACAAGAUACAAUCCAUAUUUAAAUUAGAGGGGUCUGGCAAGCCAUUUGGGAUGCAUUUCCAAGAAUGACCAUCAAGGGAUGUGUGUUACACUGGACAAAAGCUGUGUGAACCUAUGUUCAACCGGGGACUAGUUGUGACAUUUAGGGAAAGAGAGUCCACGCACAUCUUUAUAAAAACACACGAUGGCCUUACCAUUUCUUCCCUGGAAUCACAUCCCAAACCAUCUUCGCUAGCCAAGGGUGACGCUCCACGGUGAAAAGAGAAACACCGUGGAGCGUCACCCUUGGCUAGCGAAGAUGAUCCCAAACGUGUUUGCUGCGAUGCGCAGGAGAUGUCCGCAUUCACUGCAGGAGCUUAUGGAUAACAUCGACAAUGAGUGAAUGCAGAACCCAGUAUUUCCAAUCAGAACAUGGAGUGUAUGACUUCAGUGUCCGAACUAACAAUGACGUUGAAGGUUGGCAUCGGUAAGUGAAUGUUCUUCAGAGAGAGGCAGAGAUAGUAAGAACGCAAAUUGUAGCCAUGGAUCUGGAAAGAAAUGUCAGGAAGGUGGCCACUAGGACGCCUCAGAGCGCUAAAUGCAAGAGAACAUUACAGCUUCUCUUUUCUUGAAGAUAUGUGGUGACGUGUACUCCGCCGUGCACGAUCUCCAGUGAUUCUGUGCUCCAUUUGUGAAUGUGAACAGGGAUGAUCCGUGUGUGUAUAAAUUUAUCUGUGUAUCUAUGUAUGGGAAAUUGUGAUUUCAUGUGUUCUAUGACAUAUCGACGUUGUAGAAUGAAAAGGUCGUAUGUGUUAGAUACGACCAUUUAAACUUUUCUGUGAAUUUGCAAAAUAGACAAUUAUUUCUAUCUAACCUAUAAAAUCAACAUUCUAUCUUAAAUAUUGCCAUGGUAACGAAAGAAAAUUAUUUGGUCGUAUCUAAAGUGCUGGGAUAUGAAAGGUCGUAUAAGUAUCACAUACGACAUUUUAGUGCAUUUGAAUAAUUCUACAAAAUAUCGUAUGUGACACUUACGACUUUUCAUAUCUCAUAACUCAAAACAAAAGCAAGUUUACAUGGAUGUUGCUGCUAGUGAAAAAAAAUUGAAAAGUGAUGAAUGGUGAGUAAAAUUUAUACGGAGAAGUAUAAAUUGAUGUAAAAUAUUGGUCUAUCCGACAAUUUGUUAUUCUAAAUCGGUUUAUUUUAUUCUUUUAGAAGAAAUACGCUUAUUUGUCAUUUAAUAUGUAAUCGGUAAAGUAAGGAGAUCAAGUUGUUCAAUAAAAACAUAUAAUAAUUAUAUCAUCGUAAAUUAAAUGUACACAUUUCGGAUAAUGAAAUGUUUAUUCAGAUCACACAAAAUUUAAACUAAAAUACAGCACAUCAUUUAAUAUAAAAAUAUUUCUAAAAUCAACAAAAACAAAUCAUAUCCGAUUAAAAAAUCACUUAUGACCUUUCAUAUUUCAAAUACAUGUAUUUCAGAUAAUGCUUGUGAAUUCUGCUCCCUCAGUAAAGAAAAGCUAAUUAAUACCGAGAAAGAGUUGCUGUUACUACAAGAUACACAUGUAACUAUAACAGAUCAUACACAGCUUUGCAUGAAAGAGAUGUACACCCUUACAUAUACAAUCUUUGGAUUUGUCACUUACUGAACGAUAUCAAUCGCAUAGAUAUUUUAAAACACAGACAAAGUGUUUUGAACAAAGACAUCAAGGAUCAUCUCAUCCAAUAUCACGGUGCAAAAUGUCAAACUUAACACAAAAUGAAUCCGAUGAUGAGGAAAUUCCACUCCGUCAAUUGAAAGAAAAAAUACAAUCAAAUAAACAAAAUGAUGAUGAUAUUCCACUUAAUAUCCUAGCAAAGUCUAUCAAAAAUUCCAUCAAGGUGAGGCAACCAAACGACCUGGAGCAAACAGCAGAACCACAACUGAAAGAGGAUAAUUACAGAAAUGUACAACAGUCACUAAACACUCUUCAUGAGGUUGAUCACCUAGAUUAUUUUAGAACGGUAGGAGACAGCUGUGAAGAUGAAGGGCAUGUCGAAAAUGCGACAGAAGAAGUAACUUCUGUAAAAUCUCUACAGUCUAUUAUCUCUGAUGAUAAUGAAAACGAUCUUUGGAUGGAGUGUGAUGGUUGCUUUGAUCUGAAUGAAACUUUUGUUGUCGAUAGUCAGAAUGAUUUGUUAGAUAUUGAAAAUUUGAAUGUUUUAAUGCCAUUGUUUAAAGAUUUUGCCCCAACAGAUGCAGAAUCUGUACAUGUCAUUAUCGAAAGCCAAACCAGUGAAAAAGAACCCACAGAAUUUGAUUCCGUGCACUUAGAAAACGGAACAGAAAACGAAACAGCAUCAGAAGACAGUACGAUCGAUACAGAACCCAGUACCGAACGUGAAACUGACAAUACAUCAGAAUCAGAAAGUGAGCCACACAAAAUCAGUAGGUCUAGGCGUCCGUUCAAAAACCCUGAAAUAUGGAAACAAAAUAUCAGAAAGCGGAAGAGAAAUGCAGGAGAGGAAUAUACUUCCUGCCGGGCAGAAAGUCAAACGACGGAGUUUAAAUCGAAAAAAUUGCAGAUGCAGAUUUAAAUGUUUUCAAAAUAUUAAAGAAGAUGAUCAACAAAAGAUAUUUAGGCAAUAUUGGGCUUUAAGCUAUGGCGGACAACGAGAUUACAUCAAACAAAACGUUAAAAAGGAGACAAAGGCUAAGCGAACAACAACAUCAUCAUCAAGAAGAAAAUAUUCUUAUCAGUACUAUCUUGAUAAUGAACAUGGGAAACAAAGAGUUUGUAAGACAUUCUUCUUGGAUACUCUCAAUAUAGGAGAAAAAACGGUAUCUUACACCUUUAGUAGAAAUGAUGGAGUACGGUGUCAGGACCAAAGAGGCAAAAAACCUGGAAGUCGAUCGCGAGUAAUAUCACAGGAAGACAGGAAUACUGUGAGAGAGCACAUUGAAUCUUUCCCUACAGUUCAAUCGCACUAUUGUAGGAAAACGACAACCAGAAAAUAUCUUGAAAAACAUCUAUCAAUAAGGAAGAUGUAUGAAUUAUAUAGAGAAAAAUGCAAAUCAGAUGAUAGAGAACCUGUAAAGUAUUGGCUGUAUGACCAUGUUUAUUUCACUGAAUACAACAUUGGAUUUCAUCGUCCUAAGAAAGACAUUUGUACAUUUUGCGAUGCUUAUGAGAAAAUGACACAAGAGGAAAAAGAAGUUAGGAAAAAUGAACAUCACAAGCAUUUGGAGAGAAAGCAGCAAGCUCGGGACCAAAAGAGGAAAGACAAAGACAGGACACUGAAAGAAGAAAAUAUCCUGGUUGUUAACUUUGACCUCCAGAAAGUCCUCAUAACUCCAAAAAUGUUUGUCAGUGAUGCAUAUUAUAGUAGAAAAUUAUCUACCUACAAUUUCACCACAUAUGAUCUUUCAUCGAGAAAUGUCCAGUGCUUUGUUUGGAACGAGACCGAAGCUAAAUGUGGAAGUUGUGAGAUUUCUACUUGCCUUUACAUUCAUAACAAGGAGGUUGGAGAAAAGGAUGAGAUAAUAUAUUAUUCUGAUAGUUGUACAGGGCAGCAAAGAAAUCUGCAAUUCUGCAUCAUGUGCUUACUCAUUGUAAGUAAUUUCCCAAUAAAAGUUAUUAUACAUAACUACUUUGAGAGAGGACACUCUCAAAUGGAAGGUGAUUCAGUACACGCCACAAUUGAAAAUUCAACGAAGAGAUUGGAGAUGUAUAGUCCAAAUGAUUGGCUUUUAGCAAUCAAAAAUGCCAAACAGACGUCCCCAAAAUAUGCUGUACGUGAAAAACAUCACACCAUGAUUUUAGAUUUUAAAGAGUGUGCAUCGUCUGUGGUUGCGAACAGAAGAAAAGACACCAACGGAGAUAUUGUUCAUUGGAACAAAAUUCCCCAAAUAUCAUUUUUUUCAAGUACGACUUCAGCGAGGAUUACAGGAGCUUGAACAUCAACCAUGGCAGGCGGAGAAUGAAGUCCCUGGAAGAUUAUUGUCUAAAACCACUCUACAGACAACGGCUGCCGAUUUCCGAUGCAAAACGUGCUGAUUUGAUGGGGUUAUGUGACAAGGGACUUGUUCCGUCAAAAUAUCACAAUUUCUAGAACAGUCUACCCUAUGACAGCAAAGAGGGUGACAUUCUUCCAGAACCAAACAGUUCGGACGAAUCGGAGGUUGACGAGUGAAUUUCUGAAUGUUUUCACUAAACAAAAUGUGUCACAUUAACAGUAUUUCUGAAGAAGAACAAUAAUUCCAAAUUGAUUGUUUCUGUUUAUUGUAAACUGUUCAAUGUUUGAAAAUUUCCACGUUGAUAUUACUUGUUUUUCUUAAUAAAGAACUAAAACCAAUCAAGUUCUAUUCAUGUACAACUUGAUAUCACAAAUACAUUAGGCUUAUGUAAUUAUGUUACAUGAGUUCUACAAUAAUAUUGAUUAAAUACCUGUAUUAUUUUUUGUCAUUCAAAACUGAUUUGAAUAUAAUAACAAAUUAUGGCUUACAUUUACACAAGUUUAAGAUUUUUUUUUACAUGUUGGGCGUACAUGUAUAAAAAAAAUAAGUUUUACUCUUGCAUAAUCAUUUAGCAUUGUGUCAUUUAAAUACGGUGAAUUUUCUACCAUUGCCAUAUUUCCGACAAAAUGAUCAUUAAAUUUUCCUAAAAAAUAAAAGGUUGUAAGUGAUACUUACGACCAUGAUUGUCUUGUGUCUCGCCAUUAAAAACGUCGUAAGUGUUACUUACAACUAUUCAUAUCGCUGGAAUAAAGUAAUGAAACGUCGUAUCUUAUUGUUUAACAGCUAUAUAAGUAAAACAACAAAGUAUUGACAAUUAUAAAAAUAUAUAGAUCACAUAAUUUCAUCUCUAUAGAAUACUGUUAAGAUAAUUUGCAUAAAACAGUUUUUCUUCGCUACUGAAAAAUAUGAAAAUUCUAGUUACGACAUUUUCAUUCUACAACGUCGAUAUACAGACAUGUGAUUUCAUGAAUUUCUUCAUAAAGCAUUUUCAGUUGUUUGUCAAUCAAAAUGAACAUGAAAUGAA